AUGCCGCCUCUCAACCCCAUAUCCGCCGCCAGGGCCUUAGCUUUCCGCCCUCAUGUCAGAGCGACGGCCUCAAUCAUUGGUGUCAAGCGACCCGCCACGACCACUUCUUCAUACCGAGCGUAUGCCACCAAUCCCAAGCACAAUGCCCUGCCUCAAGCAUCGCAAAGUGCGGGGGAUGCUCAAGGGGAAGUGGGACCCAAUAUGCAACAGCAGGAGCAUGUGAGCGAGGAGCAGGCGAAGAUGGACAAAAUCAUGGGCAAGGAGGGACCGGAUAUGGAUGUUGGGACGCCUGUGCAGGAGAUCCUAGCAGAUGAGAAGGACAUUAGAAAGACCGCACCUCAAGUCAUCAAAGACUCGAUCAAAUCAGGCGAAGGAGCACAAAAUGCCAAACCGUCUCUCAACCCGAACACUCCAGGAAGCAGCCGCUCAUUCUCUACAUUUGCCAGACGACGAGUAGAAGCUUUCACAGAGAGCGGUGCAGCAGAUCUGGACCCUUCCAUGCUUCCAAGUGCUUCCCAGCGCGCAAGCUACGCACAACUCCAAGAGCAGCAAUCCACCGCCCCUCAAAUCGUGCAGGAGGAGAAGAAGGGCCACAAGUUCCCACUUCCCACUCUACCACUCCCAUCGAAUGCGCAUCUGAAGCACCGCCACGACCCGGUAGUACUCCAGGUGACGAACCUCAUGAUGAUCGACGGCAAGAAAUCCGUGGCCGAGAGGAACAUGGCACAUAUCCUCACCACGCUCCGCACGGCCCCAGCACCAACCUACAACCCAUCUCGACCCCUCCUCCCCGGCGCACCACCAGCCUCCCACCUCCCUCUACACCCCGUCCUCUACCUAACCCUCGCCCUCGACUCCGUCGCCCCUCUAUUACGAAUCCGCAGCCAGCGCGGUGCAGCAGGCGGUGGCGUCGCACUCCAAAUCCCCGUCCCUCUCGGUCUGAGACAGAGGCGUCGAACGGCUUUUACAUGGAUCUUGGACGCGGCGUCGAAGAGGAAGAGUAGGGGAAGUGGAAGGGAUGGUUUUGCGACGAGGGUCGCGGAGGAGAUUAUCAGUGUGGUGGAGGGGAAGAGUGGGGUUUGGGAGAAGAGGGCGGCGGUGCAUCGGUUGGGGACGACGGCGAGGAGUAAUUUGAUGGGGAGAGGGAGGCGGUAG